AAAAGUUUUACCUGAGGCUGAGUUUGCUAGUCAGGUGGAUUACCUGGUUUAGCAAGUCUCCUCUGGUUUACGCGAUUACCCAUUUUUUUUGAGGUGACUGUUUUUUAUACUCAAAGAAAUGGCAGAUUUUCCUGGAAAGGUAAACACUCAGACAAGCCCAGCUGAAACUCAAAGAAGAUUCGAAAUCCCAUCUAAUGUUCAUGUGAACUUCAUCAAGAGCAUUCCUGGCAUCUUGCUUCUGCUUGAGAUUUUUUUUGGAUUACUGACAUGGGCACUGAUUGCCAGUACUCAGUACACCUUCAAUCCUGCAUAUGGCUGGGUGAUGUUUGUCAGUGUGACACUGUGGCUUCUAAGCAUCGUCUUGUUUGUUAUUUUAUUACUGGGUUUGGAUAAGAAGCUACCCACAUUGCCCUGGCCUUUGGUGCUCUUUGUGUUCUACGCGGCUGCAACUGUUCUGUACUUAAGUGCCUUUUUAACUGAUGCGAUAUCAGUCCCGGAACCUUAUUACCCUCAACACAAUCAUCUAGCAGCUUCUGCAUUUUUUGCCAUCUUGGUGUCCCUAUUAUAUAUAGUUAGCAGCUUCUUUGCCUAUUUGGGCUGGAAGGGGGAUGGACAAAACGCAGAUGGGACCACAGUUCCUGUGUAGGCGUCCUCUAGUGAAUGCACUGUCAAUGUGGAUCCACACAUUCCCUGCGUGAGGACAUCUUCAGAAGGACAUUAUUCUGCGUCACUGAAAAACCUCUUCGGGAAUUUCAGCGUGAGAAUACACUGCUAUACUGAAUCUAGUGACAUUACUUGUGUAAGCUAUGUCCAGCGCAAUCGCUACAGUAGAUGGUUUUUGACAUGGACAUUGUGUGUACAAAAACACCACCCUCACCCAUACUUUAUAUGCAAAAAGCCAUGAGCAAAUAUGUAUUUAAGUGAUAAAUAUCUUUCCUAAAGGUACAGUAAGCUAUUUCUGAGAAACGCUGUUGAUUUUUAAAAUCGACACCCAAACAAACACAUCUCUGUCUUUAUUGCGAUGCCCUCAAAAUAACAAAUGCUUUCUUGCUCUCUCUCUUCUCCCAUCAACAACAUUUCUUAGAAAUUGCUUGUUUCUUAUUCAAUCGUUUGAAAUCAUUAUGGCCAUGAUUUUUUAUCUAAUGUAAUUAAAGAACAAUUGCAUUUAUUUCUUUCAUAUACACACUCAUCUCUAUACAUGUCUAUAUAUACACAAAAUAAACAAAUAUACAGUUCCACAACAUCUAAGUAAAGAGUUCUAAGUAAAGAGAGAGGAGUAAAAAGAGUUUGAAGGGAGUCAUUUUUCUUAUUUUCAAGAUGAAGAUUUGAGAGUAAUCUUAAACAAAACUGCCAGAAGAAACAUUACAUUAAAAAAGAAUGAAAUUA